ACGUGAAUAACAACUAAAGCUCUGUCUCGGGGCUUCACAAUCCUGGAAUGAGCGGCAGCAUCUGUGUCGCUCCGGGGGAUGCAAUAAGCAGCCGGGAGUGGGAAAUACUGCCGGUAAUCCCUCCCUGCCUGCCUUUCCUCCUGCCGACCACGGGAACAUGAAGGCUGCCUGUCUCCAGAUGCUGCUGCUGUGGGCCCUGUGCCUGGUGCCCCUGGCUGGAGGGCAACCCAGAGCGCCUGUGAAGUGUUCAGAAGUGUGCAGGAAUUUUGCAAAGAAGUUACCAGAGAAGCUGAUCAGGAGCUACCGCGAGAUCGACCCCAAAUGCAGACGAAAUGUCACCAUAUUUAUUACUGUGAAGUCCAGGGAGAUUUGUGCAGAUUCAAACGAAGGCUGGGUGCAGGACAUCAAGGACAAACUGAAAAGAAAACAUGCCACAGUGAUGCCACCACGUGAUGUCACCUCAGCAGAAGAGCCUGGUGGUGUUGAGAGACGUGUUGGUCUUCCAGAGCUGGCUCCAUCUCAAGCCACUGGUCCAACUAGUUUCUUCCAAGGGACUGGAACAACACUUAGGGAGAGAACACAUGCUCCUGCUGCCACGACAGGGGUGUCCAGCAAGCCCCCCCUGGGCAGGCAGGAGCCCACCCAGCUCCCUGCAGGAUCCAGCCCCGUGAUGCAGGAAGAGGCUGCACACUCUGAGGUCACUCCAGAAGCAAAGGGAGAGCCCUCAAAUUCUCCUGCAUCUUCAGCAACUCUUGCAGCAGGUGUGGGCUCCAGGCAGCCCACCCCACGCCCCACUGUUCAAGACACAGCUUCUCCUAACUCCAGUUCAGACCUGAUGGCUGCUGCUGGAGGAUCAAACCAGCCUGUACUUGCUGCCAAAGGAUCCCUGGACCCUACAAGAGCCAGAGCCAGCACACCAGACACUGCUUCCAGCAGUUCUAGGUCAGCUCUCCCCUCCACCUGGGGCAGUAUGAGGACCACAACAGUCACAGAGACAGCACCACAGACUACUCCAGUUUCUACCCUGAGCUCCAGCACUGCCACAGACAAAGCUGCUUCUGUCCAUACCAGCAGCGUUGUUGGUCCCUCUGCAGAUGUGUUUGGCACUACAGCAUUUGAUCAUUCAUUGCCUGUAGGGAAGCAAGAGCCUUCAGACACAGUAGUUUUUACUCACCAGGCCUUGUCAAGCCAAGCCAGAGUGCAGAUGAUCACAGUCAGGCCAAACAAUCUGCCUCUGCCCAGCUUCUUGUCAAAAUCUCAAAUGCACUUUGUCAUCCCAGUUUCUGUGGUAUGUGGACUGAUGGUUAGCAGUGUUGUUCUUGUAUGGCUGUAUCUGAAAUUUGGAGUCAAACCAGAAGAAACGUCAAGAGAAAUGGUGCAGGGCUUGCUCUACCAGCAGGCAGGGCAUCAAGACAAUGUCUACCCAAUGGAGGUAAUAUGAAUGCUUCAUGGCAUGGACAUUUCUGGCCUCAGCUGAGUGUGUGUUGCUCCAGAAAAGCUGUUCAUGAUGAACUGGUGACCAGUAGGAAGCAAGCCUGGGAAUAAAAAUCACAGAGAAAACUGGUUUUUUGGUAGGGCAGAGUGUCCAAUAAUGUAUCUACUUCAUCGUUGACCAAUCACAGUGUUCUGGAAAUAAGGGAGACACUUCCACUGGCACUGCUCUGUACAAAGGCUGUGCUGUUCUGUUGCUGUUGGUGGCUCUUUGCCAGGUGAUGUGAUUUUCCAAGUCACUCUUGGGAAUUCUCCUGUGGUUCCUCGUGGCCCAGGCAAGGAGCCACUCACCCACCCACACUGCUGGACUUGGGCUCAGCCACCUUGAGCAAUCUCAGCACCAAACCCACACAAUUUGCACUUAAACUCUCUGCUGCUUCUUUCUUUGCACUUCAGGUCUCUGCUCUGCCAGACCAAGACUGAAGCUGGUGGCCAGCUGGGUGCUGGCUCUCCUUGGGCUGAUGGAAUUUCCUCUCAUCAUUUUCUCUUGCUGGAGGCACGAGGGGUAGCCCAGCUUCUCAGAAAUAGCUGACCAACACUGCAUCUGAUCAGGGCACUGAAGGUCAGCGCUACAGAUCUUCUGUUCAGAGAAGCUGGCAAUCCACAGUCUGUCUCCUCCUUGAAAUCAGGCCCUUCCUUUUAGCAGCUAUGGGUAUUUCUUCUUGCAGAUGGAUUCUGAGAGCUGGUUCUUGGCAAAUCAAUGCAAUAAAUCCCUUCUGCCAGCUGAUGCACCUUGUGCCCAGCUGCAUCCAUCACCAGGGCAGGAAAAUGCUGAUGAAUCUUCACAAAUGGGAGAAAUCAAGAAGCCACCCAAUCAUUUUGCUAUUCCUGUGUUAUCAUUGGAACAUUUUUGCUCUUCUCUGCAAGCACAAAACCCAGGAAAUGUGGAGCUAAAGGCAAUUCUGGAUGUAGUCAUGAAGGAAUUACUCUACCACAGCAGGCAUAACAUCCUUUUGAUCCCAUUUUCUCUCCAGAAAUAAGCACAUUUGCUGAUCCAUUGAAAAAAAAAAAAAAAAAGCACAAAAUGCCUGUUCAUGCUCCUAUACUUCAGCCACAUUUCAGUUUUUCCAUUUUGGAUAGCACUGAUCACCAGGCUAUGAAAGCACUGUAACAGAACCAGGCUUUUUUAAACCCCAAAUUGAUUUUGAUUUUUACACAUCUUGACAUUGCUGUACAUAAGUCUUAUGUUUUAUCUGGGGUCAAGUCUUGAAAGCCCUUAUUAAACUUUGACUCCAGGAUGAAUUCUGCUGGAGUGUGCAAAGGUCUUCAUGACAUGAUGCUUUGUAAGUAGAUCGAUAUCAAGGGUCAGACCCUACCAACCUCAGUGGACCACAUCCCCAAGUACAAAUAUGCAUGCAGAAAAUAAAAGCAAGAUCAGCAAGAAAAAAAGCAGGAAAAUGAUAAGCAAGAUCAUCAAAAACGAUGGGCCAGCUGUAAAGCAGAGCUUGAGGAGUGUGGCCUGCUGGAUCUGUCAGACUGCACCUUCAGGGCAUCCAUCCAGCCCUGCAGGGGGAGAGGACAGACUGCAGCUGUGCUUGCUUUCUGCCAUCACACACCCCUUACUUCUGCAUUUUGUUGACUCGAGGGAUUCCUCUCCUUUGCAAGCACGGGAUGCAAUCAGGUUAAUUUCAGUGAUUAAUUUGGAGUGAAAUCCUUCCUUGUGCAGCAGCUCAGCUGUGGAGCUCGGGUUGGUUUUCCUAGAGGGUGAAUCUGGCUCUGCCAGUGCCACCUCCCCGUGCACCCCACUUGUGCGCAGCUGGAACUCGUGAGGUGAUGUAUUAUUUUUAUAUGAAACACUAGAAAUGUUAUUUUUGUAAAAAGGUUUUAUAGCUUUUUGAAUGUAUGUAAUGUCCUGUCUGAGCUGCUUGGAGCCGAGACCUUUGUGGCAGCACUGGGAAUCACCGUGCCUUGUCUAUUUUGUUGCUGGUCUUGGGUGGCUUGUGCAUGUCCCUGGGAGCUGGAUCACUGCCCAGGCCCUUCAGCAGACAGAGUGGACACUUUGCAGGUGAAGUGCUUGUCUUGCAGCAGUGCUGGGGAGAUGGAUGUGCACCAGCCAGGCCACUUGGAGUCCCACCAGUCUUUGGAAAGAGCUUCCAGCUCCACCACCAGCUCCCAGCUGCUGUGAUCCCACUGGAGCUCACCAGGAGCAGCUGCUUCUCCAGGCUGGCCCUGUCCUUGUGCAUUCCCUGCUCUCUCUCCUGUCCCUUGGCUGUUUGCAGCAGGGUGCUGGCACCCUCACAGGGCACAGGUGAAACCCAGGACAGGGGGACGCUGCUGUUGCUCUCUCUGCAGUGGGCAGUCUGGGAGGGAGGGAGGAUGGAGCCUGUGGGUGUCUCCCAUUUCUGGGGGUUAAAAUACCACUUGCUGUAGAGCACAGUGACUGUUACAAGCUCCAGUUUGUUUGUAUUUUGAGUGUGUGCAUGAGAUAUGAGCUGUACAUUUUUAUAGAAGUAAUAAAGUCCUUAUGUUAAAAACUUU